GCGCCCGCCCGCGUGUGGGGGCGCCGGCGGCCGCGCGUGUCUGUGUGAGCGUGUCCGUCUGUGCGCGACUCUGCGUGUGUGUGUGCGUGUCCGUGUGUGUGCGAGUGCGUGCGUGUGUGUGAGUGAGUGCGGGCGUGCGGCUGCCGCCGCCGCCGGAUCGGUUUCUCGGGGUUUGACCAGCUGUCCCAGGCUAACCCUGCUCUCUGAAGAUGGAGGAAGUAAAAACAGGAUUACCCUUAGCUACAGCUCCACUGCCUUAGUUUCCAUAGCCAACUGCCGUGCACAAACACACCUCCACUAGGCAGAGAGAGCCGACACUAAUAAAAACACAAACAAAAGGGUGAUGGAAGUGAUUCACUGCCUGCGCGGCUGAGUAUGUGCCAUUCCUGAGCGAGUUUCCCCACCGGCUCAUCCCCGGGGCUGCCCGGCUCCCCGGCUCCGCAUGCCCCACCUUGUGUGCCUGCCUACCUGGACUAGGGGGAAGAUAAGCACUGCACUUUGACUAUGGAAGCAGAGGCUGCUGAUGGAUAUAUAACAUCAGGUGACAAUGAGCUUUCGCCCGAAAGGGAGCACUCCGGCAUGGCCAUUGACCUCACCUCCAGCACACCCAAUGGGCAGCAUACCUCCCCAAGUCACAUGGCAAGCACAAAUUCAGUAAAGCUAGAAAUGCAAAGUGAUGAGGAAUGUGACAGGAAGCCCCUGAGUCAGGAAGAUGAGAUCAGGGCUCAUGAUGAAGGAAGCAGCCUGGAAGAGCCCCUCACUGAGAGUAACGAGAUGGCGGAUAACAGAAAGAUCCAGGAGCUAUCGAGCGAGGGAGGAAUCCGGCUUCCGAAUGGUAAACUGAAAUGUGACGUCUGUGGCAUGGUUUGCAUUGGGCCCAAUGUGCUAAUGGUACAUAAAAGGAGCCACACUGGUGAACGCCCCUUCCACUGUAACCAAUGUGGAGCUUCUUUUACCCAGAAGGGGAACCUGCUGAGGCACAUCAAGUUGCACUCUGGGGAGAAACCGUUCAAAUGUCCCUUCUGCAGCUAUGCCUGCCGACGGAGGGACGCCCUCACAGGACACCUCAGGACGCACUCUGUGGGGAAGCCUCACAAGUGCAACUACUGUGGCCGGAGCUACAAGCAGCGCAGUUCACUGGAGGAGCACAAGGAACGCUGCCACAACUAUCUGCAGAAUGUCAGUAUGGAGGCUGCUGGGCAGGUCAUGAGUCACCAUGUACCUCCUAUGGAAGAUUGUAAGGAACAAGAGCCUGUGAUGGACAACAAUAUUUCUCUGGUGCCUUUUGAGAGACCUGCUGUUAUAGAGAAGCUGACAAGCAACAUGGGAAAGCGUAAAAGCUCCACCCCACAGAAGUUUGUGGGUGAAAAGCUUAUGAGAUUUGGCUAUCCAGAUAUUCCCUUUGAUAUGAACCUAACCUAUGAGAAGGAGGCUGAGCUGAUGCAGUCUCACAUGAUGGACCAAGCCAUCAACAAUGCAAUCACCUACCUUGGAGCUGAGGCACUUCACCCCCUGAUGCAGCACACACCAAGCACAAUUGCAGAGGUGGCCCCAGUCAUCAGCUCAGCUUACGCUCAGGUCUAUCAUCCUAACAGGAUAGAAAGGCCUAUUAGCAGGGAAACAGCUGACAGUCACGAGAACAACAUGGAUGGCCCGAUCUCCCUCAUCAGACCAAAGAGUCGAACCCAGGAUAGAGAGGGCUCCCCAAGCAAUAGCUGCCUGGAUUCUACUGACUCAGAGAGCAGCCAUGAAGACCGCCAGUCCUACCAAGGAAACUCUGCCUUAAAUCCCAAGAGAAAGCCAAGCCCGGCUUAUAUGAAGGAGGACGCCAAGGCUUUGGAUGUCACAAAAGCUUCUAAGGGCUCUUUAAAGGAUAUCUACAAGGUCAUCAACGGAGAAGGGGAGCAGAUUAGGGCUUUCAAGUGCGAGCACUGUCGUGUCCUUUUCCUGGACCAUGUCAUGUACACCAUCCACAUGGGCUGCCAUGGCUACCGGGACCCGCUAGAGUGCAACAUCUGUGGCUACCGAAGCCAGGACCGCUAUGAGUUCUCAUCACACAUAGUCCGAGGGGAGCACACAUUCCACUAGGCCUUCUCAUCCAAAGGGGACUUGUAUGAAGUAGAAGAACUGCACAUGAAGAAAUACUGCACUUACAAUCCCACUUUUCCUCAGACAUUGAGACGCCUAUUUUGUUGUUGUUGCUGUUGUUGUUGUUGCUGUUGUUUAAUUAUUAUUAUUAACCUUAUUUUUUGUGAACCCAACCUCAUUUGCUCUGCCCAGCUUAAGAAUGGAAACAAGGAAGGGAAGGGAUAAAAGAGGGGUUUGUUGUUGCCAUCACUUUUUGGUGAGUGACCCGCCUCACUUUCUGUGGGAAUUGAAAGGCAGUCCGUUUCUGUCUCAAUCAGCUGUACAUCGUGUCCUGUUUUGGGAUAUCGCUUGACCUUGCUAGGUGCUUUAAAGUCCCAAUGAGAUGCCACUCAUUUACAAUUUCAGAUGAAUAGGUAGAAACAUUUCAGAGGAGAGCCUUUUUCAAACGUGUAGAUAUGGUGCGGGGUUUCGGUAACUGGAGGAGAGGGUGGGGGAACUUAAUUCUGCAGAAUGAACAAUUAUUUUUAAAGCAAAACUGUUAGGGAUUUAGGAGCACGAGUCAAAGUCGAUAUUCCUUUCAAAAUUACUUUCUAGGGUGAGCUGUUUUCCUGGGUUCAGUGUGUAUUGCUCCUCUAGAAUGUAAAAAAAAAAAAAAAAAAAAAAAAAAAAAAUAAAAAAAGAAAUGUAUGUCUUAACACUGUACCACAUUACAGCAGUUUAGUUUCAUAAGUCUGAGGGCCUUCUGUGGUAAGUCUGAGGCUUUGUAUUUUUAUUUUCCUUAACUUAUGAAGCACCUUUUUUAGAAUUGUUGAUUUGCUGUUACUCCAUGCCUAUGUGUUGAUUCACUGGCUUCUUAGAGACCCUUGGGAGCCUUACUUAUUUAGUUGCACCCUAUGUUUUAAGAAAUAGCAUUUAGAAAUAACAUUUAAACUUGCUUCUAGGACAGUAAGUGGCCUAGGAGUGGGUAAAAGAGUCUGCAGUUUAUUCAAGAGGUUCUGCCGCUCUUCUGAAAUAAUUUUAUUUUAAAAUUACGAAAGUACUAGUAGCAAAGUGUUCUUUAAAUAUAAUUAUAUAUCUAUAUAUACCUAUAUAAAUACUUUCUUAUCACAGUGUUAACCUCUUGGCAACAGCCUAAACUAAGACUUGCAGCUGGGAAAACGCUAGCAGCCAGAUCCCUGGCCAGCAUUAAUCCUCUUGGCUCCAUUGAAUUUAAUGGAACUACCCCAACUACUUCAGCUACAUCAGGAUCCGAGCCCUGACCGUUUUUUCUCUUGUUGACAUCUUAUUUGCUAAUUUGCUGAACUAGUGACUUCCUUUUGUUUUUAAGUCAUCAGUUCUGCUUUAAUUUAGGGGUGGAAGUGCUUGCAGAUUUUGCUGGAUGGCCUUUGCUCUUGGAGAGCACAGAAGCCCUGCAAACGAACAGAUUGCAUAUGACCUUCCCUUACUUCUUCAGAAAGUGAUACAUGGAGAUGCAGGUGCUGUGCUUUGAUUUGGAUUUGCAGAUUUCAUUUUUAUUCCUAAUUUAUUCAUUUCACUGUAGGGAAAACAAAUGGAGAAACCAACUCCAGAGCAAGUCCUUGAACUACAGCCUGGACAAGAGAAAAAAACCACCAAUCUCUUUUGUUUCCUUUCUUUCUCUCCCAAUAAAUAACAAAGCCAGCAACCACCCAGCAAGUUGCAGGUUGCAUCAGUAAAAAUUGGGCUUAAACCUACGUGACAGAUUGCCAUUGAAACCCAACUGUUUGUACCAAUCAUAGUUGAAAUGUUGUUGUUUGGCAACAAGAGCACAGCUUGAGAAUGGAAAGAUCUGCAUGGGUUUAACCCUUUCUGUGCACAUGGUCUCCGUGCGCUUGGUGAGACCUUUUCCAAAGUAUAAAGUUACUAAAGUAUAAAAGAGAGAGCAAGAUCAGGCCAUAAUGAAUUCCCAUCUGCUCACUUCAAUCUGCGUACUCGAUGCAUAUGCCAGUUUGCUGUUCGUUUUGAGGGUACUGGUUUUUUUCUUCUUCUCUUCCUAGACCUGGAGCAUUUGAAAGUAGGAGCUGAGUGGUAUUGAUUGAAAUCUUUUUAUGGUGACAUUCUUGGCAGCUAGAACCUGUGUUUAGAAAGGAUACAGUAGAUCAUGGCCAGAUUACCUGACGACUGCUUCCCAGCACUGAAAUGCUAUUAAGUAGGAGCUGGUAAAGUCUGGCAGUAGCCUAUUAAUUAUAAUACAAUAUGGAGAGAAAUGUCAUCUUGUGUAAUGUGAGAGCUAUCAAGGCUGGGAAUAUACGGGCUUUGGAGAGACAGAUUUAAAGACCUAUUCCCAACAUUGUUCUUAAUGUUGUUGGGUUCCUCCCCCUCCUUCUUUCUUCAUUCUAAUGCAGAGAAAACUCAGGCAAAUGAACCGCUGCCGUCCCCCAGACCGUUCUCAUUUUCUUGUGCUUGGUGCAAUCAAAGGAGUGCUGAGGUGGGAAAGGUCUUUUAAGAACAAUGUGCAAAGGGAAUGGUGCUGGGCCUGAAGGUCACUAGGCUUGCAUUGGCCUCCAGAAAGACACAUGCCUGAGCCAGAGAAAAGGGUUUCCAACAAUUCCUUUCAGUCUCUGGGGGACAACACUCCAUUCUCCCCUCUGUGGUCAGUGGAAAGAACGUGGGCUAUGGUUUCUUCGAAUAGUUAGCACUAGGGAAAAAGUGUUAAGAAAUUCUGCCUCUGUUUGGAAAAGCACUGGAAUACGGGAAAGGGAGAGAAUCCCUUGUGGAAUCUCUAUCCGCAAAUAAGUUGGCUGCAAUUAUAUCUGCAGUUCGUUAGUGUGCACUUUCAUUCAUUGAUGAUUCAUUGGUACCUCCUGUAGUCUAUAUUCUGUAGAUGUUGAAAAGAUCAGACGGGGAAGUUCAGUGGUUUUAUAGCUGGCUUCAGUUAAGCCCAACUUCUUGUUCUAAUGGUAGCGUGAGAGAUCUGUAUUGUGAGCACUGCCAUGUCCUGGUGUCACAGGCACAGAGAACUGGGGAGGUGGUAGGGAGACACGCUGGUUCAGUUAUCUUCCAACAACUGCAUUUUUUGGAGAGCAAGAAGCUGAGAGGUUGCAUUAAUUUUUAUUUUCGAUGUCCUUGUCUGAACGCUCACUGAAGUUUUUCAUCCUAGAGCUAGGGAAAGGAGAAAGAUUAAAUUCUAGUUCAAAUUUAGAACAAAGUUUUGGACUAGCAUUUAUUUUAGCAUUCACUUCCUACUGAAAAUUAUUGGAGGGUUUUAUAUAAAGCAGUUUGCCCCUACGCGGAAGUGUGCAAAAUGGGGCCUCAGAGAUUUUUUUUUUUUUACUUGCUCUCUGCAGAUUUCUAAGAAAAGCUCUUGAGUUUUGUCGAGUUCAUUAGUCAUUCGCAGUGUACUAGGAAUUUCAGUAGAUAAUCCUUGGCCUGCGGAUCCAUUUGUUCUAAGUAUUUGGUGUUGGAAAUCGAACCUGGCUGAUUUUUAUUGGACUCUCUUGAAAUUCUUGGAAUCAGGUUUCCAGUUAAAAACAUGCAUUUACAAAUUUAGAAUUGGCUUCCUGUGAGCAUUCCCCAUUUUCAUUAAAAAAAAACCCAAAAAACCAACACGCCAUUUCUGCACACAUCCCUGCCAGUAAAACCUUUUGCGUCUUUUUACAUCAAAAAUGGCAAGAUUCUGACUCAAUUUAGAGUAUUACAAGCCUAUUAAUUGAAAGAGAAUUGUGACUCCUUAUUCUGCUCUUGGUAUGAUCCAUAUUCUUAGAGCAAAGGGCAUUGUCUAUAUAUCUGCUGUUAUGGCCAAUGAAUUUUACAGCCACCUCUCUUUGCAAUCAGUUAGGAGUGCACAUCAAAAUAUACAGCAUUUUUCAGUAAAGCCAGCUCUUUACUCAAUAACUUAUGGGAUUAAAACAAUUUUAUUCUCCUUAAAAAGUGCUUCCAUCUAUGAUGUGAUGUGAAGGGUGUCUAGGCAUUAACCUCUAUUGGUCUAUAUCAGAGAGAAAGAAUCUAAAUUUGUUAAUUGGCCUGAUUUUUUAAUGGUAGUAGUUUCUACAGUGUGAGGACAGAGCUCACAACAUAGCCAUGUGGAACUAAAGUAUAUUUACUACAAGGUGAAGAAAUUCUUAAUCUUAAGAGUUUCCAUAUUUCUUUCUGUUUACAAGGGCAUUCCUAAAUUGGGGCUGUCAGGCAAAAGAGGAGGCCAGGAAUUAAACCAAACCCUUCAAAACUGGCCUUUAAUAGGACAUUAUUACUGUUGUCUAGGUCCGGAGCUAGCUUGUUCAUAUUUGAAAGAAGCCAGACAACUGACACUCCUUCCUCCAGAAAGAAACUUUGGAAAUAAUUUAGGCAAAGCUGCUUAUUUCAGCCAAGGACAAGAGCCACAGUAAUACAGUUUCUUUACUAGAUAGUAUUCCUUUCUUUAACUCUUUGUUGUGUGUUAUAACAUAAUGAGGAGGGAGAAGGGAGGCUGCACUGAUACCAGGGUCGCCUAAACUCAGUGCGGGAUUUUAGGAAAAGUGUGAUGAAAUUGGCUUUGACGCUAUAAAUUUGCAUCUUAGCUUGGCUUAGUAUCAUUUAAAAACAAAAAUGGAUGGUAGUAAUGGCCUGCGGUCUAGGGCAGCUGGAGAUGUUGAGAAAGUAUAUUUAUAUAUAUACGGUAUCAUAUAAUUAGAUAUAUGCUUUAUUGUAUAUGUGCCUUUUUCAAAUGCAUUUUGGAAGUUUGUGAUGUCAUUCAUGAUAUCCUACCAUACCCUUUCAGAAUGCACGACAAAAACCAACCCAAAGUAAACAUCCCUUCUCCUACAGCGUAGCGAGGCAGAUCCUUCUCCCCUUCUGCACCUUCCUCGGCAGCUUGACCGAGAGAGAAGACCGUCUUAGUACUUUGCCAUGAGAUUUCCCGGACUCAACUGGCUUUUGGGAGUGGGAAGGGCUGAAAAUUACCCUAGCAAAGUGCAUUCCAGCUAUCCAGCCAGAGCUGGUCUCGGAGCUGGUCCCAACCAACAUGGCAUCCCCAGAGUGGCACCAAGACUUGCUGCAAAAGCCCCAGCUGCACACUGUCCUGUAGAAUGCCAGGGCAGACAUGUCCUGUUUUCUUCCCCUCCACAGCUUUAAGUAAAGCACGCUUGAAAAUGGACUUUGCUGUGCUUUUAAGUUCCCACUUAGGAACGGGAGCAGACUUUAAAGCACCUGCCACUUGCUUCAACCUGGAAAAAGAAAUCCAGCAGGAACAAAAGUCCUUUGGAAAUGGUUUGCAAGUUUGACUGUCAUGCUGCUGCCGUCCUAAUAAUUGAUGUAGAUGAGAGAAGCCCAUCUGUAGAAGACGUUAUGGGGGUUUAUUAGCUAGAACACUUUGGUGAAAAGCGCAGUGUUUGUUUCGGUACUUUCCUGGCAGGUUGGUGACCUAGUUUCAGAUCUAGUUAUUUACCCUGCACGGGUGCAACAUCUAAGUGUGCCGUCAGGGGAGGUGACUAGAUCAGACCCCGAGCCCAGCGGCAGCCCAGUGCCAGCUCCUUGGCACCUCUCUGCUGGGGUCUGGGCCCAUGGCGGUCACAGAGAGUAUGUGGCAGGAGGAAUUAGGUAGAAAAGAGGCAGAAUUUGCUUUGUAGUAAAUAUAUUCCCUUUUAUCUCGUUAAGAGUUCUUGUGAAGUAUAGGCCAAGGACAACAUCACUGGUUUCUAAUUUAGCCUCCUACAGCCGUGCCUGGAAGCGUGUGAUUUCUGUCCUUCUCCACUGAGGCUCUGAAGUGAAUAGAGGACAGUCAGGAGGAGGUGGUGUGCUGACGUUUUGCCAUGCUGCACACUUAACAGGCCAAGAUAACAAUAAAACUGGUAUCUAUUUAAAUCACCUAGCUUUCCAGUUGAUCAUGCAGACAAGCGUUCCCGGUUCCUGUUCGCUUCCAGCCUUCGGAAAGGUGGUUAUCGUUAUGCUCAUGUGGAUCCUCAUCUGAGAGGAUAACUGCCCAUGCUCUCUCCUUCUGUAAAAACUUUUCCUUUACAUACAAAUCAUGGGACCUAAUUAAUCAGUGCACAGAAAUGACCAUUUCAACAAAGACUUACAUUGCUGUAGUGAAACCUAAUACUAUUAACAGUUACAAAAAAAUACUGUGAUGUAUUUACUAGCAGUAUGUGAAGUAUUUUAACUGAAUGAAUGAAAACAAAGUUAAUCAGAUCGUGUGUCAAGAGGGGCUCAUAUGGUGUGUACUCUGUUGGGAGAAAGGGAGCAGCUUGACCCAAAGCUUGGGCUGAUGCUUCCUUCCUGCAGCAGGUGUUGUUUUAGGUGACUUCACUGCAGCCCAAGAAAACAUUUGAGCACAUGAUUAGCCUCCUGCCAUCCCUUCACUUAGAUCUGGAAGUGCACAGGAGCUUUGCAGUUAACCAUGUGCUUAAUAAUUACCAUUAUUUGUGAGAUCGGGGACUUAUUUGCUAAUUGGUGCAGCACAGCACCUCUGAUUAGCUCUCGGUCAUCAGCACUAGGUGGUGGGGCUCUGUGGUGAAGACGCGUUCGCUUACAUUUGUGUAGUAGCCUUAAUCCCUCACACUUGGCGAUACAUGAAUACCUGUAGCCUCUAGUCCGUGUUAUCAAUCACGGAUAAAAUAUGGACGCCUCCCACAAGGCGUGGUGGAGAGCAUGACUUCGUUAUUGGCACAACAAGGCCAGUUUGCAGUAAAUCGGGCCAUUUAGUUUUACCUCAAGUGACAUCGAAUAAGAAAAGCUUCUUCAAGGGGUAGAGGUCACUGAAUCCCCUACUAUGCACUUACUGGGAUUUGACAUUGCUUACUGGAAAUGGAUGUUCAUUCCUGAACACACUGUAACAAGGGAAGGACUUUUUGGUUAUUUUUGUAGUUGUUCAGAUUCUGAAACUGUGAUCAAUUAUUUGACGAAUUGUCAAGUGUCCUCAGAGCUUGAACACGUUCACUUCCUCUGCCAUGUAGCAGUCUCCUCUGGUUUUCAGUGGUUUUUUCUUUCUCUCUCCCCCUUUUCCUUCUCUGAGCUUUAAGUCUGGGCCUGCUCUUAUCUCCUGUAGCUUUGGGCUGUCUAGGGGUUUGGGGGUUUGUUUUUUGUUUUGGUUUUUUUUUUGUUCAUUGGCUGUACAGUCUGUUUACAUAUUUUUGUACUCAAGUGUAGUUUUAUAUUAAAAACAGGAAAAAGAAAAAAAGAUAGUUGAUUUGAGAAAACAAAAAAAUUAAGGUACGUACUCUUUGUAACACUUUAAAGAUCUAGGGUACCUUCUGAGAUAACUCCACAGUGAUGUAAUUAUAAUACUGUAUAUUUGCCUUCCUUUUUAGUUGGUUUUAUUUUCUGGUUGUAUUUUUUUUUCUAAAAUGUAUAUCUUUUUAUGAGAAACUGGAAACUUUUAAUGCAAAUGUUUAGAAAGAUUUAAAACUGUAAAGUAAAAAAAGUCAUAUAAUUUUUUUUUUCCUGUUGGAAGAAAAUGCUUUAAAAAAGAGUUUUACUACUGUUGUAUUCCAGGGUGGGGGUUACCAACCCCAGAUUUGCUUCUUAUGCUUCAUUCUUGGAUCCUGCUUUCUAAACGUACUUAUUGCCGACAUGGAUGAUUUGCUUAUGUUAGUUUAAAAAAAAAAAAAAAUCACCAACAAAAUCACCUUUUUGGGUUUUUGGGUUAUUUUUCUGUUCAAGUGCAAUACUUUCCCUGACGUCUUAUUAAUGUACAGUGGUUUCUUUUUUCUUUCCUCAGUCCACACAAAUGAGUGAAACAAAAUGCUCUGUCUUAAAUACAUUCAAAGAUAAGGUUCAAGUAACUACGUAAAUUAAGAUUGUGACUGACAAAAGGUGAGAAACUGUAAGUUAAGACUAAAUCCCAUACCUUAACUCCUGCUUUUAUUUGACAUUGAAACACAUCCAGUGUAUGAAUUAAGGACAUAGCUGUUCUUACCUCUUCCUUUCUUUUCUUUUCUAAUUGCAGCUUUCUUUUUAAGAAAAGCACUUAAUAUUGAUGUUUAUUAAAAAUAAUUUAAAAAAAAAAAAAAAAAAGAUUUUUUGGUCUGAUCCAAAACCCACUCAGUGGAGACUCUGGUUGACUUUGAUAAUGGAUUUUGGAUUAGGCCUAAUCUCUUAGCUAGGGCAAAACUGCCAUUUACUCUAAUGGGAGGGAUUUGCCUGCGUAAGAAUUACAGGACUCAUGUCCUUUAUCUACCUGAGAGACCAGAAAAGCUUCUUUAGAGUUGUCCUUGUCUUAUAUAAGUUUAGAUGGGACUUGUUUUACAUAUCAUACAUAUUUAUAUAUAGUGUAUUUUUAAUGCCUUUUUUUCCCCCCAGUAGACUGAAGCCGCUGUUCUGUAAAUAUGUAUUUAGGUACGUAAUAAUAAAAAAAAAAAAUCCUGUUGAUAUUUCUUUGAAAGGCAGUUACUGCGCAUGCACAGUAGCCACUUUUGUCUUUUAAAUUUGUAUUUAAGAUAUUUCUUUUUAGUAAUAACAAAGGUGAGGAGACUGUAUCCUGUUCUGAUUGAUUGCCAAAAUUGUUUCCCAGACUCUUGCAUUUGGGUUCAAGAAGAAAAAUGCAUUCGGUGGGUGACUGUCGUGGUCACCCACAGGUUCACGCUCCUUGGGCCAAAUUCCAGUAACCUCACGUAGGUUGUUCAAGUCCUCCCACAAAUGGGGACUGCACUGAAGCAGUGGGAUCAUAGCAAAGCACGCACCAUUUUGUGAGUGUAAUUUCAGGCUAUCAGGUCUGACCCAUUUGUCAUGGCAUCUUCCCUGACUCAUACGGAGUUGCACUCUGCCCACUUUAGUGCUGUUUUCCUGAAGCAAGCCGGGUGAGUAAUCUGGCAAAUGAUCACUUUUCUCCCAGGUUCAAUUUUUUAGUUCUGUGACAGAUGUUAUGAGCUCAAAUUGAGGAAUCUUUUAAACUAAAAAAAAAUUUAAAAAAAGAAAAAGAGAAAGAAAGAAAAUCAGAGUUUAUUCCAAAAGCCAGUGAAGACAUUGGGAAUUGUCCCAUUGCUUUACAUGGUCAUUGGAACAUGCUCUCAUAAAAGGAGUUCAGAAAUGAUCACUAUGACAGUGGUGCAUGUGAGCAACCCUAAUGUAAACCUGUAUCCCCCUGCUAAAAAAGUUUUGCCGCUAUAGACUGAACUAUGGACUUGUUAUUUUUUUUUCUUCUUAGUAUACAUGCAUACAUAUGGUUCCACAUCUGUAUGUGUGUACUCUGUACAUGUGUGAGUGUUGUACAGCCAUGUGAGAGUGUGAGUCUGUAUGUGUGUAUAAAUAAAAGAAGCUGCAGAAACUUUGUAAUACUUUGUGAAAAGGAUUAUAUUAUAAAGGUUUGUACUGUCUUGAGUGCACAGCUACUGGAAUAAAUGUAGGGAAUCUCAGGAACAAGCAUAUAAUUUGUCCAAGAAUUAUUUCUUCUCAGAAGUGUAAGUGCAGUUUUUAAUUCUGUAUAUUAUUUAAUAUUUUACCAAUAAAAAUAAACUUCUGACA